GCUCGCGAAAAAUGUCGCGGCCCGUCGGGGUCUGGGGGUCCGCGGCGGCCAUGGCCUGCGAGCAGCCCGACAGCCUGGAAGGCUGGGUGCCGCUGCGUGAGGACCUCUUCCGGGAGCCCGAGCGACACCAGCUGCGUUUCCUGGUGGCCUGGAACGCCGCGGAGGGCCAGUUCGCCGUCACCUGUCACGACCGCACGGCGCAGCGGCGACGCGGGCCGCCGGAGGGCGGCGGUGGCGGGGGGUGCAGCUGGGCCGGGCUGCUGUCGGCCGCCGGGUUCCGGGGCGCACACCGGCAGCUGGCAGCGCUGUGUCCGGCCCUGGAGUGCUGCUUCCCGCCGCUGCCACCCGAGCUGGACGCGGCGGGCGGCGGGGGCUGGAGCCUGGGGCGCGGGCUGUGGGCGCUCGUGUGGCCGCUCGUGUGGCCGGCGCCUGCGGACCCCGGCGACGCGGCGAUGCACGAGCUCUGCCACCAGCUGGAGCGCUACCUGGGCCAGGCGGCCGACGGCUGCGGCGGCGCCACCGUGCGCGACGUGCUCUUCCCGGCCCCGGGCGACCCGAACGACUACGAGGGCCUGCGCGAGUUCCGGGAGAGGACGAUGCGUGCGCGGUUGGACGGGGCGGCCGCGCGGCUGCGCCAGGUUCUUCAAGAUCACGGAAAAGCCGACACCAUGGUAGAGUUAAUGAAAGUUUAUCAAGAGGAAGAUGAAGCAUAUCAGGAAUUAGUUACCAUGGCAACCAUGUUCUUCCAGUAUUUACUGCAGCCAUUUAGAGAUAUGCGGGAAGUUGCGACCUCAUGUAAGCUUGAUAUUUUGAAGUCCCUGAGUGAGGAUGACCUGGGUCCUAAAAGGGUGCUUUCCCUGGAGAAGGAAGCCAAUGAAUGGACCAGACGGGCUGAAGAAGCAGUGGUUUCUAUUCAAGAUGUCACUGUGAAUUAUUUUAAGGAAACAGUAGCAGCAUUAACAGGAAUGCAGAAACAAAUGGAGCAGGAUCGGAAGAGGUUUGGCCAGGCUGCCUGGGCCACAGCCAUGCCCAGACUAGAAAAUCUCCAGCUCAUGUUAGCGCGGGAGACUCUGCAGCUCAUGCGAGCCAAAGAGCUGUGUCUCAGCCACAGGCGAGCCGAGAUCCAGAGGAAGGUGGAGGAACUUCCAGACCAGGGAAAGACCAUAGAUGCUGUAGAUGAGCUGGAAAUACAGUAUUAUGAGAUUCAGUUGGAAUUGUAUGAGGUUAAACUUGAGAUCCUGAGAAGUGAGGAGACGAUCCUUGUCACACGGUUGGACUCUGUUAAGAGACUUAUAAAAGAGAAACAGGAUGAAGUGAUCUACUACGACCCGUGUGAAAGUCCCGAGGAGCUGAAGAGCCUGGCUUACGGUCUGGAGCUACACCCAGGUGAGAAUGGAGACCUGAGCGCACUAAGACAGCAGUGCCAGCGGCUGGAGGCUCAGCGGGGCCGCAUCUCUGCCAGGAGGGCCCGCCUCAGGAACAGAAAGGAUCACUGCCGAGAAAAUCAUCGGCUCAGACUGCAGCAGGCUAAACAAAGUGUGAGCCGUUUUCACCAGCACCACAGUAUUCAGAUGAAAAGAGACAAAAUAAAAGAAGAGGAACAAAAGAAAAAAGAGUGGAUAAGCCAUGAACGCCAGAAGACGCUUGAGCGACUAAAAGCAUAUAGGGAGAGGUGUCCAGCUACUCAUUCCGCACUGAAAACGACUUGCUCAGAAACCAGGGUGCCAAACCUGUCAGGUGGACGCUCUCGGAAGAGAUCCUCAACAGCUCAUCACAAGACAGAUCAUCCUGCCACUAGCAAAAACGGAAGUGUUGCUUCCCCCUUACCUGAAGCUAAUAUGAGAACCCUGGAACAUCAAGAUGCCUGUGGUAGUGUCCCUCUUCAGGUUUUUGUUCCAGCUGGUGACCAGACACUGUCCCGAUUCAGUGAGGAUCUGUCACUACCACCACCGCCGCCACCUCCUCCACCACCCCCUCCUCCUCCACCACUUCCUCUCCCUACUCUGUCCUCUUUUCAAGUCACCGCUCAUCAGAAUUUAGGACUGAGGACUUCAGCAACAGAGGCCCAGCCACUCUCUCUAGUGUGCGAGGCGGCUGCUGAAAGACCAUGCGAUUGUCUGGACAGCUUCCAGCGUACAGACUCUAUGUAUGAUGUGCUGGCCUGCAUACGGCAGGGCAAGGCUUCUCUCCGGAAAGUAGAAGCGCCUCCCUUGUCCCCUCCUCGCACCUCAGUCAAUGAGCAAGUUCUGGCGGCCAUCAGGCAGGGGGUGCAGCUGAAGAAAGUCCACCCAGACGCAGGAGUGAAGCCCAGCAAGACGAGUACCAGCGACCUGGAGAGGAGCAUCAAGGCGGCCCUGGAAAGAAUCAAGAAAGUGUCUGCUGACUCAGACGACAGUGAUGAGCAGAACCCUGGCGCGUGGGACCACUAGGGUCUCCAGGUGACAAAGGCAGACAUGUCCAUAACUAGACCAGCAAGGCUUCCCUGAGAAACUACUCUGUAGCUUAACACUGGGGAGAAGAGUGGAGGCAUAGUGGCUGUCACUGCCCACAGGUGGGUAGGCUGGCCAUGGGAACAGUACUGUGUCCACUCUAGGGGCACUGUCUGAGCUGGAGGUGCAGCCCUGUGGUAUACAUUAGACAAUGUACUUUCCAUGUGCUUGGACACUGGUUCUUCAGACUUAACGGCUUGAAUGUGAACAUGAUUUUAGCAAUAAUCCAAAUAAAUUACAUAUAUUCCAGAAUUACUUUAAAUAUUUAAAUAAAAUUUAUUUUGUGUAUCAGCACUACAAAAACUCAUAAUAAACAGUG